UCUGGGCGGCUAUGUCCGCGGGCGGCAAGCGGCGGGAGGGCCGCGGGGCUUAGGGCACGGGCGACGGCGGGGCUGAGCCGGGCCGGGUCCCCCCAGCCCCGCAUGGCGCGGGCCUGAUGCCGGAGCGCGGCCCGGCGCCGCGGCGGCGCUGCGGGAGGAGGAUGGCGGUGCUGGCGUGGAAGUGGCCACGCACCCGCCUGCCCGUAGGGGCCAGCGCCCUGGGCGUCUUCGUGCUUUGCUGGCUCUACAUCUUCCCCGUCUACCGGCUGCCCGACGAGAAGGAGAUCGUGCAGGGGGUGCUGCUGCAGCAGGGCAAGGCGUGGAGGAGGAAUCACACUGCGGUCGCCCUGUUCAGGAAACUGCUGGAAGAAUGCUGUGACCCUGCACAACUCUUUGCUAUGACAAAGCUGAACUCCCCAAUGGGAAAGAACCUCUGGUUUGACGGGGAAUUUUUAUAUUCCGUUACUAUCGACAAUGUGACUUACUCCCUCUUCCCACAGGCUACUCCCUUCCAGCUGCCACUGAAGAAAUGCUCUGUGGUGGGAAAUGGUGGGAUCCUGAAAAAGAGCGGCUGCGGAAAACAAAUAGAUCAAGCAGAUUUUGUGAUGCGGUGUAACCUUCCUCCUCUAUCCAGUGAAUACAGCAAGGACGUUGGAUCGAAAACACAGCUGGUGACUGCAAAUCCCAGUAUAAUUCAGAAAAGGUUUCAGAAUCUGCUGUGGUCUCGAAAAGCAUUUGUGGAUAGUGUGAAGGUGUAUAAUCACAGCUACAUCUACAUGCCAGCCUUCUCAAUGAAGACGGGGACUGGACCCUCCCUACGUGUCUAUUACACCCUGAAGGACUUUGGCGCCAAGCAGGCGGUCCUUUUUGCCAACCCCAAUUUCCUGCGGGACAUUGGCAAGUUCUGGAAGAGCAAAGGUAUCCAUGCCAAACGGCUUUCCACGGGACUUUUCCUAGUCAGUGCCGCCCUUGGUCUGUGUGAAGAAGUAACAAUUUAUGGCUUCUGGCCAUUCUCGGUGGACCUGCAUGGGAAGUUUAUUAGCCACCAUUACUAUGACAAUGUCCUGCCUGAUUCUGGAUUCCAUGCCAUGCCAGAGGAAUUUCUACAGCUCUGGUUUCUUCAUAAAAGUGGUGUACUGAGAAUGCAGCUAGAACCGUGUGAGGACCCUUUAUUCCAGUCUUCUGCCCGAGGAUUGUAGGAGUGUGUUUGGGAGAUCCAAUAGCUUUUAAUUUCAACUCUCUACAGCAGAGUGUUCUGUUUUCUGUUGUUUCUUUCUAAAGGGAAAAUAAUUGUGCAUUUGCAUGGACCAUAAAAAUGUUACUUGAAGGCCAAAUGGAAUAUGUCCUUAAUGUAUAGUGCUUUAUGGAACUGGGGUGGGGGGAAGAGGAUCUCUCCACUGAGUCCAAUCAGCAGCAUUGUGAAAAUAAUGUCAGAAGCAGCACAGCUGAACUUUCUGGGGGAUGUUUUUAAAUGACCGAUUUAAAAAGGGCAUUAAGGCUCGGAGAGACACAGGGCCACCCACAAGCUUUUACUGGCAGUGCCAAAUAUGACUGUCUGUUCAAAAAUCUGUUUCAUUCCAGAUUGGCACCUCAUACAACUUUCCUUUUUCCUUUUUUUUCUCUUUCCCCCUGUUUGGGUGUGUUUGUGUGUAGGAGAGCAUGUGUGUGUUGUUGACUUUGUUUGAUUCUGUCCUUUUCUAUUCCCCCCCC